GCCAGAGAUUCCUUUUCCUUCGUAUCGGCGGUCCUCUCUCGGGGGCGUGUUCUGCGACGGUUGGUCGAAAAAGCGGUGCUGGAGAUUGUGCCCGCAGACAUUCGCAUGAGCAACGUGGACGUCUGCCGUGCGUACCUAUCUCCCGAAGGCUUGGACCGUGCCAGGAAGGUGCUGCGAGGAUCAGUGGUCAAGGCUAUCAAGUCCCUUGCUGAGCAAUUGGACCAGACCUACAAGUGGCUGGCGUGGACGCGAAGCAUCGCCCGACCGCAUGGGGCAAUCCUGGCAGAAGAGAGCGAGGAGAUGAUCACCGAUGCAUGGCGUGGAAUCGUCACAGAGGUGGCCAACAUCCUCCGCACCUUCGAGCUUCCAAUGGUAGAUCCCUCCAGAGAGCUUCUGCUGCUGUAUAGCAAACUCUUGGGCCGAGUUUUGCCAGAGCUAUGCCCAGUUCCAAACGGCUGUAUCUCUGCCAUCCUCCAGAAGGUUCCGUCUACCUCCACGGUAAGCCUGGUGUCUUGGGACAAAAUGACUCUUCCGGACAAGAGUGAAGUGCUGGUGGUCCUCGAGAACCCAGAGGCGCUGUUGCCCAAAACUGGAGUGCACUCAGGUUGGGAAAUCGACCUCCGCCAGCCCUUACCCGAUGCACUGACGAGCGAGAGCCGUGAGUUUCUGAAACUUCCAGGCCGCGCAUUCGCGUGCAAACUGCCGCAAGGGAAGCCAACCUGGGAGGUCAUCCGGCCUUUUGAGAAAGCGGCCGAGGGGCUGCCCGACAAGGCUUUCUGCUUCUGCGCCGCGCGCAUUGGGGCGGACG